CACACCCACACCCACACCCACACCCACACCCACACCCCGAGUAAAUAAAUUUUUUUUUUAUUUUUUUCGUUAAGAAAUAAAUAAUAUUUAGUUUGGUGAAUCAAAAAGUCUUCGUCUUGUUCGUAUACUUCAUUCCACAGUUAUGGUUAGAAUAGGUGCUGAUUGGACAGCAAUUGAUGAAUUUCUUAUUCGGCCUGAUCCAUGUCGAUAUAACAUUCACAUAUAUACUUAUUUUUCUCUAUCACAUGAAGUACUACAAAAGUUUUUACAUUAG